UUUAUCGAAAAGUUUCCUUGAAAAGUAAAGUGUGUACCCCGUACCACAAUCGGUGACCUUGGAUAACACAGGAGCGGAGGACUACUGUUGUUGCUUGUUCAAAGAUGGCUCCACCAACAUACGCAGAUCUUGGAAAGGCAGCUAAAGACCUCUUUAGCAAAGGAUUCAACUUUGGUUUCCACAAGGUUGAGGUGAAGACGAAGACAGACAAUGGCGUGAAGUUCACAACUAAGGGCAGUCACAGCAAGGAGACUGACAGGCUGUCAGGAGAGCUUAACACUGAAUACAAAUAUGAUGAAUAUGGUCUGACAUUCAAGGAGACUUGGACCACUGAAAACAAACUGUCCACAGAGGUCACUGUUGAAGAUCAGCUUGCUAAGGGCUUGAAGCUGACCUUUGAUACGUCUUUUGAGCCACAGACAUCUAAGAAAUCUGGUGUAGUGAAGAUGGGUUACAAGAAUGACCAUCUCAACUUAACUAGUGACUGUAACUUCGACUUUGCAGGACCAACCAUUAAUGCUGCUCUUGUUCUUGCGUACAACAACUUCCUUGCUGGCUACCAGAUGGCGUUUGAUACUAGCAAAAGUAAACUCUCUAAAAACAACUUCGCCCUUGGUUAUUCUGCGGAUGACUUCACUCUUAAUGCCAAUGUAAAUGACCUUCAGGAGUUUCAGAGCUCCAUCUUUCACAAGGUGAACCGCGACCUUGACCUAGGCAUCCAGAUGUCGUGGACGCAGGGGACGAAUGCAACCAGCCUCGGUCUGGCGGGCAAGUACACCCUGGACAAGGACUCCAGCAUCAGUGCCAAGGUUAACAACAAGGGACAGGUGGGCUUGGGAUACUCGCAGAACAUCAGAUCAGGAGUGAAGCUGACCCUGUCCACCAUGUUGGAAGGGCUAUCAGCUGGGGGUCGUCAGAUCGGCAUGGGACUGGAGUUUGACCUGUAACUCCCCAAUACAACAUCUAGUGAUAACCCAACACUUUGAAGUGAUGGCAGUGGGACUUUGUGUGAACAGACCAGAGAUUCAUGUUGCUUUUGUAACUGUUGUGUGUAUAUGUUUUUUGAGUAAUUUUGUUUUAUGCUUCGUGCUUUCUAAUAUGCCAUAGAUUAGUUCAUUUGCAAUAGUCACACAAUUUUGAUGAAUACCAAGCAUUUACCAAAUGAACUGUGACUGCACCCACAGGGUUUAAGUCACUCCAAUGUUGUGGAUGUUUGCAUGAUCAGCAGUCAUUAUGCUGUCAGUCUUUUUAUACAGAAGUGUAUCCAUUUAUUUGUAAUGUUUUUUUUAUUUCAGUGUACAUUAGUGAUAGCUGUGUAUAAGUGUAUUGAAGUAUCAUGGACAAAUAAGAAGUGUUACACAUUGUUAAAGUUCUGUACGUUAAGGUUCCACUGCCGUUGGUUGGGAACGAUUUCUGUUUUAUUCAAAGCAAAUAUACCCAUGUUGUAUGUG